CCCAGUUCUGUUACAGUAGGUGAUCAUCACUGACAGAGAAUCGCUGUGCUUCUGAUACGAGGCAUCAAUGAGCAUCUGUGCCCGUGUCAUUCCCGGACGCUUCUUGAGAACGACAACAGAGUUCAUAAAUCUGAAAUGUGUGACCGUCAAGAAAAAGACCACAAGCGAGGAAAGACCGCAAACUCUAAAUCUCAACAAUCGAAACACCAUCACCAAAAUCAAGGACACCACCAGCACCACUACCAGCAAAGGCAUCAGUCAGAUGACAGUUGUAGCCAAGACACCCAUUCAACAGCAGAGGACAGCAUUUUAAGUGAUCACCAACCCGACCUUCGUCGUCACUGUGAUAAUGACAAGACUCGUCAAUCUCACCAUAACCGUCACAAGCAAAAUCAUCGCCAUGUUUCUCGUUCUGAAACCUCCUUGAGCUCCUCAACCGGUUCCUCUUCACACUCCUCCUCUUCUUCAUUAACAUCAUCCUCCCCUUCCUCCUCCUCCUCCUCAUCGUCCUUCUCUUCCUCGUCUUCUGCCUCUUCUUCUAGCCUGUCCUCUGAGGCCAGCAGUGAGCGUGGGGAUAGAUAUCCACUUAAGAAGCCUCAGCAUUCACAGUCCUGUACUGACAUUUCAGGGAAACACAAGUACUUUGAUGAAGGAGAUGACACAGCCCCUUUGAUAGAAAAAAGAGGUUAUAUGGACAGGCCCUCUGCCAAACAGAAACAGGAGAAAGGCAAGUCAUCCCACAUAAGCCCUACCCAGAGUGCCCCGAAGAAGAAAACACAGAAGAUUACGAGAGGCUCUGGAAAUGAUGGAAGUUUCCGCAAAUCCAAAUCAAUGGAGGCUCUCACUAGACCCAAAGACAGAGAAGGCCAUGAAAAUGAGGAUGAACUUGAACAAGAAACUCGAAAAAGUGAAGCCAGGAAGAAUUUAAUGAAGGAAAAAAUGAAGUUCUCCGCCUUUCUUAAUGAGAUUACCCGACAGGUGCUCAGCCCGAUGAGACUCACCACUCUUGGAGUUACAGAUGCUCCAAGACCCUGCAGUCCACGGCAGGCCUCUGUUAGAGCCAGUAAGAUUGACAGCAGCACUGAGAAACACAGACAGCAGAGGAGUAGGCCCGCCAGUGCUGACUCACUUAGCUCGAGCAAGUACUCCUAUACCAGUAAGCACUCUACUCGACUCUCUAAUUCAAAAUCAUUCCAACAUGACCACAGUCAACAUUCUGCAGACUCACCUGAUCACAUGAAUCACAGGCCCCGAAGCUGCACUGAUAUAAGCUGUUUUACAGGACCUCACUCACGGUCUGAAAUUCCUCAGCGUUGCACACGUUCACCUUCCUUUAAGCGCCACCGUCACCAAGGAGAUCACACUUCUAGUCACCAUCCUCAUCACCUUGAAGACUGCAACAGCCCAAGUCAUCAGCAUCACCACAGAGACCACAACAACUCAAGUCAUCAACAACACCAUGGACACCACCAUCAUCAUGGAGAUCACCAUAGCCCCACUUAUCACCAUGGUGACCACCACAACACUUUUCAGCAUCACAGAGGCCACCACAGUCCAUCCCAUCCCCAUCACUAUGACGACCAUCAUCAUGGAGACUGCUACAGCCCCACUCACCACCAUGGACAGCACCACAGUACAACUCAUCGUCAUCAUCACCAUGGAGACCAUCAUGGCCAUGCUAAUCACCAUCAACAUGGGGACCACCAUGGCCAUGCUCAUCACCAUGAAGGUCAACGCAGGCCAGCACAUCAUCAUGGAGAGCACUAUUCAGGUCACCAACACCGUAGCAACCAUCAAAAAACUGAACGUCUAACUAUACCACAUCACCACAGACACCACAGCCUAUCUAGUGACCAUGAAGAUCAUCAUAAACAUCUGUAUCACCAUAGAGACCACCACAGUCCAACACAUCACCAUCACCAUGGAGAGCAUCAUGACCUUACUCAGCAUCACAGCUCUGGCAAUCACCAUCACCAUCACCACGGAGACCACCACAGUCCUGACCAUCAGCAUCCCCCUGGAGAUCACCACAGUCCUGACCAUCAGCAUCACCACGGAGACCACCACAGUGAAUUGCGUCAGCAUCACCAUGGAAACCACCAUGGUGGAUCGCAUCAUGGAGACCACCCCAGUCCAGGCCAUCAGCAUCAACAUGGAGACCACCCCAGUGAAUCCCACCAGCAUCACCAUGGAAACCACCAUGGUGGAUCGCAUCAUGGAGACCACCCCAGUCCAGCCCAUCAGCAUCAACAUGAAGACCACCCCAGUGAAUCCCACCAGCAUCAACAUGGAAACCACCAUGGUGGAUCCCAUCAUGGAGACCACCCCAGUACAGGCCAUCAGCAUCAACAUGGAGACCACCCCGGUGAAUCCCACCAGCAUCACCAUGGAGACCACCACAAUCCAGGCCAUCAGCAUCAACAUGGAGACCACCCCAGUGAAUCCCACCAGCAUCACCAUGGAAACCACCAUGGUGGAUCCCAUCAUGGAGACCACCCCAGUACAGGCCAUCAGCAUCAACAUGGAGACCACCCCGGUGAAUCCCACCAGCAUCACCAUGGAGACCACCACAAUCCAGGCCAUCAGCAUCAACAUGGAGACCACCCCAGUGAAUCCCAUCAGCAUCAACAUGGAGACCACCCCGGUGAAUCCCACCAGCAUCACCAUGGAGACCACCACAGUCCAGGCCAUCAGCAUCAACAUGGAGACCACCACAUUGAGUCCCAUCAGCAUCAACAUGGAGACCACCCCAGUGAAUCCGACCAGCAUUACCAUGGAAAACACCAUGGUGGAUCCCAUCAUGGAGACCACCCCAGUCCAGGCCAUCAGCAUCAACAUGGAGACCACCCCGGUGAAUCCCACCAGCAUCACCAUGGAGACCACCACAGUGAAUCCCACCAGCAUCAACAUGGAGACCACCACGGUGAAUCCCACCAGCAUCACCAUGGAGACCACCACAGUCUAGGCCAUCAGCAUCAACAUGGAGACCACCACAUUGAGUCCCAUCAGCAUCAACAUGGAGACCACCACAGUGAAUCCCACCAGCAUCAACAUGGAGACCACCACAGUGAAUCCCACCAGCAUCACCAUGGAGACCACCCACGUCCAGGCCAUCAGCAUCAACAUGGAGACCAGCAAAAAGAAUCUCAUCAGCAUCAACGUGGAGACCACCACAUUGAGUCCCAUCAGCAUCAACAUGGAGACCACCACAUUGAGUCCCAUCAGCAUCACCAUGGAGACCACCAAAGUGAAUCUCAUCAACAUCAAUGUGGAGACCACCACAUUGACGCUCAUCAGCAUCACCAUGGAGAUCACUACAAUACAAGCCAUCACCAAGGACAUCACCCUGAUUCCCAGAUUAACCAACCCUACUCCAAGAACAAUGACCUUGACCACGGGGGCCAUGAUGACCACCAUACUCUUUUGAAGGGGCCUUCUGCUAAUAGUCCCCCUGCACGCAGGAAGCCAGAGUCUCUCACCAGCCACACAGACUCACACAGGAACACUCGGAGCCCCUCCAGCCACAAUGAGGAACAGACAAGUUUCACAGACUCAUCAUUACAUAAAGAAAAGGCACCUGAGCUGGGUCGAAUUAUGACACUACAGGAGAAGAACGAAGGUCUUCAUCAGAGUUUGGUGAAGACGGCAGUAAGGAUGGAGUUUUUAGGAGAGGAGUUCAUGAGCAGCCAAAAGCUUUUGGAGGCAGAGCUUCAGAAGACGCGUAUGGAGCUUGGCAGCCUCACAGACAGGUUUAAAAGACUACACGACAGCUGCUCCUCCACUCAACAGACCAAUAAUCUUUUACAGCAAAAACUGAACUCUGUGGCUCAGAGCAUGGAAGGGGAACGUGAGAGGCUGAACCGACGUAUCUCGGCACUGACGGAGCAGCUCGCUGAUGCAAAAUUUGCCAACAGUGUAGAAACAUUCAAUGCACCAUCAGUCCUGCACACAGGCAACCUCCAUUUUCCGUCAGACGAUGCCAUUAAUCAGGUGGUUCUCCCCAUCACUCCCCCUCCGGCUCAGUUCAUGGACAGCCAUAACUAUGGAAUGGCUAAAGCCGGCGGGCAGGAACAAUCUCUGGGGUCAGUUCCAGAGGAGGAAGAAUCUGAUUGGUCAGAGAUUGGAGAAGAGAUCCCGCGGUUUAUACUGACAGGAUCGAAUAGAAUUCAUGCAUGGAGACACCAAGACGGAGACCUAGACAAAGACUGUGAGUCAGGCGGCCAGGAAAGUGUCAGAUUACACUCUGCACAACUACGGCAGAUACCUCAUCUCCAGUUUACAAUUCACAGUGAGAUUUUUCCAGCUCCACAAACCAAAGCCUGCUCCUCUGGCUUCACGAAUCUGCCCGAGGUCAUGACAGGUGAGGGCCAGUACAGGAUCAGUCCCAACCUCGGCUCCUCCAUCCUGAUCCGGUCGACUAGCCUGGAGGAAAUUCCUCUGGCGUGCCAUCACAUGCAAAAAGAGCUAAGAGGCACAGAGGCCAUGAUGGACCUCCACCACCCUGGGGAUGAAAUGAUGGAGGAUUUGGAUAAUGAGAUCAUUCAUCAUUGGAGAACAAACAAUGACAGGGAGGCGGCGAUUGCAAGGCCAGUGGAAAGCAGGACGUCAGAAGCAGAUCGCAGCCUGGCCUGCCUGCAGUCAGCAGAGCAGAUGCUCAGCCACUUCAUGUGUGAACGCCAGUCCAGUGAAGGAAAGAGUCAGGGCAGGGCGGAGGUGCACGGCUGGACAGGAGGGAUUCCGGAUGAGGUGUUGAAAGGGGAGCGAACACAGCUGUGACAGCAACAUGAGCUGCACUGUGUCCUGUGUCUGAAAUCAUAAUUUAUUCAGAUUUUUUGAUUUACCAAAGUUCGAUCACGCCACUUCACUGUGGCUCACUCAUUUACGUGUGGGUCAAAGAAACUUUGAAAUACAAACUGUUAGAUUUACUGGAUUAACUUUGAAAGCCUCUUUCUGACUAACAGUUUUCUGACAACACAUCAGGCUCCCUCCUUUGUUUCUCAGUAAAAAUCUACACUUAAAUUAAUAAUCAUAUUACAUAAAUUCAUCACACAUGCUCACUUUUAACCAAACCUAUAAAAAAGUUUGUAUCAAUACAACCGACCAACAAUCUGGUAAGAGGCACUGGAGGCAGAUAAUAAUGUAAUAAUGUAAUAUAAUAAUAUAAAUAGAAUAAAAUAACAUUAACAAUAUUUUUCUGUACCUUGAAACAUCCUUUUGUGGCUUAGAUUUGGUCAUUUAGUGUUAAAAUGUAAACAUGUAUUUUUGUUGUAUAGAUCCAUAUAUAGGCAAAUAUUUUCCUCUUCUUUCAUGUCUGUUGAUCUAUGCUGGGUGAAACAUUAUUUAUUUGUAUAUUGCGUACUCCUUGUAUAGCUACAAUUAUGCAUUGUUGAAAACAUUGUUUGAUGCUGACACUCCAAAUGUUGAGCAAAAUUUGAAAACACCCUAAAAGAUUUGUGUCCUGUAUAUUAAUUUCCCUGUUAAAAAAAACAUAGUCGUAGGCAUUUACUAUCUAACACAUUAUAUAUUUACAUAUAAUACAAAUACAGCUAUGUCGUUGCUUUAUUUUAAGUAUUGUCCUGUCUUUGUGAAAAACAUUUCCUUCCUCUUAACAAUAAUUAAUCUGCCAAAAAGAAACGCUUGCAAAUGAACAAAUCCUACAGGUUUAUGUCAAUGUAACCUAUCUAACUCUUACCAUAUAAAAUCUAAUAAAGCAAAACCCUGUCCACAUUUGUUUUAUUUCCAAUAAAGGUGGUAAUUGAGA